GUUGUUUUUCUUCUUCUUGCAUUCGGAUUUGUCAUUGUUGACGAUAAUGUGAAGUGAAUUGAAGAGAAACUAAGUUGUUGAUGGUUACUACAAUUCGAGAACCACUUUGACGUAUGCACAAUAACAGUGGUGAUUAGCAUUUAGAAUGUACAUUUGAAGCGAGCGGUAACUCAAGACACGUCGACACAUUCAACCCACAAUUAUUUGCAUACAGAUUAUAAUGACAUCUUCGGAUAUUAAUCAUAAAUUGUCAUCUCAAGCCAAGAUUUAGUGUGUUUAGUGGUAUGAAUUAAUUUGUAUAUUUGUAACUAAAAGAAAAAAAAAACACAUCGAACAAAGACUGAACAAAGAACCAUGCGACGUGGACGCAUACAAUUUCUCAAAGUAGGUAUAGGUGCAAUAAUUGUGUUGGUGGUAUUUUAUUUCCUGUUUUCGGAUUCAAAUGCACAUACACGAGCCCAACAAGCGAUAUCAGCUCGGUUUACAGCCAACAAACCAAGAGAACGACCCGUUUUUUCGAAAGGAGAGCUAGGCAAUUAUGAACCAAAACACGAAGAAAAGCGAGUGGGUCCAGGAGAAUAUGGUGAACCUUACAUUUUGCCAGAGGAGAAACGAAAUGCUGCCGAAGAGUCUGAAAUGGAGUAUGGCAUGAAUAUUGCCUGCUCCAAUGAAAUUUCAUUGGACCGCGCUGUAAAAGACACUCGCUUAGAAGAAUGUAAGCACUGGAAUUACGCACAUGAUUUGCCAACAACAAGUGUCAUUAUUGUGUUCCACAACGAAGGUUGGUCGGUGCUAUUGCGAACGGUUCAUUCGGUAUUGAAUCGAACGCCAAAGCAUAUUUUACACGAAAUCCUACUGGUAGAUGACUAUUCCGACAAAGAGGAUUUAAAAGACAAAUUAACAAACUAUUUGGAACGAUUCAAUGGAAAAGUGCGUUUAAUCCGAAAUUCAGAAAGAGAAGGAUUGAUUCGCACACGAUCAAGAGGUGCUCGUGAAGCGACCGGUGAAGUUAUUGUAUUCCUAGAUGCACAUUGUGAAGUGAACACCAACUGGCUACCUCCUUUACUCGGGCCAAUUUACGCAGAUCGAACUGUUAUGACUGUACCAGUUAUCGAUGGAAUUGAUCAUAAGACAUUCGAAUAUCGACCAGUUUACAGUGAUGGCCAUCACUAUCGUGGUAUUUUCGAAUGGGGAAUGCUUUACAAAGAAAAUGAAGUACCUCCACGAGAGCAAAAGCGACGCACAUACAAUAGUGAACCAUACAAAAGUCCAACACACGCAGGUGGUUUGUUUGCCAUCAAUCGCGAAUAUUUCUUGGAAUUGGGAGCUUACGACGCUGGCCUUUUAGUGUGGGGCGGUGAAAACUUUGAAUUGAGCUUCAAAAUCUGGCAAUGCGGUGGCAGUAUCGAAUGGGUACCUUGUUCCCGCGUUGGCCAUGUCUAUCGUGGUUUCAUGCCAUACAACUUUGGAAAAUUGGCUGACAAGAAAAAGGGACCAUUGAUUACAAUCAAUUACAAACGUGUGAUUGAAACUUGGUUUGAUGAUAAAUAUAAGGAGUACUUUUAUACUCGCGAGCCAUUGGCACGUUACUUGGACAUGGGCGAUAUUACAGGACAGCUGGAAUUGAAAGAGAAGUUGCAGUGCAAGAGCUUUCAAUGGUAUAUGGAUAAUGUAGCCUAUGAUGUAUUCGAUAAAUUUCCACAGCUUCCAGCCAAUUUACAUUGGGGUGAACUACGUUCAGUGGCUACUGAGAUGUGUAUUGAUGGAAUGGGCAGACAACCUCCUUCAAUAAUGGGCCUGCAGCACUGCCACGGUCACGGCAAUAACCAGCUGAUGCGAUUGAAUGCAGCUGGACAGCUUGGCGUUGGUGAAAGAUGUGUCGAAGCAGAUCGACAAGGAAUUAAGUUGGCAUUCUGUCGACUCGGCACGGUCGAUGGUCCAUGGCAAUAUGAUGAGAAAUCAAGAACAUUAUUGCAUCGCGUGCACAAACGUUGCUUGGCCGUUCAUCCGCAAACGCAUCAAAUGUCACUACAACAGUGUGAUGUGAACAAUGCAUAUCAUCAAUUUGUUUUCAAAACAAUACGACCGAGCUGGGCGCGUGAUGACUAAAAAUAGCCGAAACAUGAUCUUCUUUUUUUUUUCUUGGGUUGGUUAAACGUAUGGUGAUAACGAAUCUUAAAUGCAUUUAAAAUAGCAAAUCUUGCACAGCAAGCUCCGCCAAAACAUUCUUAAUGAAAUCUCUAAAUUGUUUUAAUGUAUGUGAUUUGUUGAUUGGAUUGUUCAUCCGUACGUAUGAAUUGCAAUUCGCGUAUGUGUAAUAGGAGUAGAAAUAUUUAUUAAAACAAUGGAGAUCAGAGAUGGAUGAAAGACUUUCUUUUUUAAAUAUUUUUUGUGUGUAAAUUUUUAAAACGAUUCUGCUUAAUACUGUGAAUGAUGCAUGGAUGUGAAAGGCAGGUGGAUGGAUAAUAUACAUAUAUAUAUAAAAAGCCGCUGUUAAUAAGAAACUCUUUUUUUAUAAAGAAAAAACACAACCAGAAUACUUGUUCCAAUAAAAACUAAAUCGGAGUACCAACUUUAAA